GGCCGGGAGAAGCGGAGUCCCCUCGGGGCGCGGGCCUCUCGGGGGACGGCGCAGACUUGGCCCGCACGGCGGCUGGCCCCGCUCCCCCGCCCCUUCCUGAUCCUGUCUCUGCCCUCCACGCCUCUCCCCCACCUCCGCCCUCCUUUCUCUCUUCCCUUCCUCCUCCUCGUUCUCCUUCUCCUCCUCUCCGGCCGCUGGGAGCCGCGGGUCGGACUAGCCGCCGCCGCCUUCUCUGCGUCCAUGUAUGAGGGGAAGAAGACGAAGAACAUGUUCCUGACCCGGGCGCUGGAGAAGAUUUUGGCCGACAAGGAAGUGAAGAAGGCGCAUCACUCCCAGCUGCGCAAAGCGUGCGAGGUGGCCUUAGAGGAAAUAAAAGCUGAAACUGAAAAGCAAAGUCCUCCUCACGGAGAAGCAAAAGCUGGAUCAAGCACCCUUCCACCAGUGAAAUCAAAGACAAAUUUUAUUGAAGCAGACAAGUACUUCUUACCCUUUGAGUUGGCAUGCCAGUCCAGAUGUCCCCGCAUAGUUAGCACAUCUCUAGAUUGUUUACAGAAACUUAUUGCUUAUGGACACUUGACCGGCAAUGCCCCAGAUAGUACAACACCAGGCAAAAAAUUAAUUGAUAGAAUUAUUGAAACAAUAUGUGGUUGUUUCCAAGGCCCUCAAACAGACGAAGGAGUUCAGUUGCAGAUAAUAAAGGCUUUACUUACUGCAGUAACAUCUCAACACAUAGAAAUUCAUGAAGGAACUGUGUUGCAAGCUGUGAGGACAUGUUACAACAUCUAUCUAGCAAGCAAAAAUCUCAUCAAUCAGACAACAGCCAAAGCUACUCUUACUCAAAUGUUAAAUGUUAUCUUUGCACGUAUGGAAAACCAAGCAUUGCAGGAAGCCAAACAAAUGGAAAAAGAAAGGCAUCGGCAGCAGCACAUGCUGCUGCAAUCUCCAGGAAGCCAUCAUGAGCCUGAAUCACCUCAGCUCAGAUACCUGCCACCUCAGACUGUUGAUCACAUAUCCCAAGAACAUGAAGGGGACCUUGACCCCCAUACAAAUGAUGUGGAUAAAAGCCUUCAGGAUGACACAGAGCCUGAAAAUGGAUCUGAUCUUUCCAGUGCAGAAAAUGAACAGACUGAAGCUGAUCAGGCAACUGCAGCCGAAACCUUAUCCAAAAAUGAUAUAUUAUAUGAUGGAGAAAAUCAUGACCUGGAAGAAAAGCCACAAGACAUUGUACAGAGCAUUGUAGAAGAAAUGGUGAACAUAGUUGUUGGAGAUAUGGGAGAUGGGACUACUGUAAAUGCAAGUACAGAUGGCAAUGUUGGAACUUUAGAGGAUGGCAGUGACAGUGAAAAUAUUCAAGCAAAUGGAAUUCCUGGAACACCAAUUUCUGUUGCAUAUACACCAUCCUUACCUGAUGACAGACUGUCUGUCUCUUCCAAUGAUACUCAGGAAUCUGGAAAUUCUUCAGGACCUUCACCUGGUGCUAAGUUUUCCCACAUUUUACAAAAGGAUGCCUUUCUAGUAUUCAGGUCAUUAUGUAAAUUGUCAAUGAAACCCCUGUCAGAUGGACCACCAGAUCCAAAGUCUCAUGAGUUACGAUCCAAGAUUCUUUCAUUGCAGUUACUCCUAUCCAUUCUGCAGAAUGCAGGACCUGUUUUCAGGACUAAUGAGAUGUUUAUUAAUGCUAUUAAGCAGUAUCUAUGUGUUGCACUCUCAAAAAACGGAGUCUCAUCUGUUCCAGAGGUUUUUGAGCUUUCUCUUUCAAUAUUUCUUACUUUGUUGUCAAACUUCAAGACACAUCUGAAGAUGCAAAUUGAGGUGUUCUUUAAAGAGAUUUUCCUGUACAUAUUGGAAACUUCUACCAGCUCAUUUGACCACAAAUGGAUGGUUAUCCAGACACUGACAAGGAUUUGUGCAGAUGCUCAGAGUGUGGUGGAUAUUUAUGUAAACUAUGACUGUGACUUAAAUGCAGCAAAUAUAUUUGAAAGAUUAGUAAAUGACCUAUCAAAAAUUGCUCAAGGACGGGGCAGUCAAGAACUUGGUAUGAGUAAUGUUCAGGAACUGAGCCUGAGGAAAAAAGGUUUAGAAUGCUUAGUGUCGAUUUUGAAGUGUAUGGUUGAAUGGAGCAAGGAUCAGUAUGUGAAUCCCAACUCGCAGACAACUCUUGGUCAGGAAAAACCCUCAGAGCAAGAGACAAGUGAAAUAAAACACCCUGAGACAAUAAACAGAUACGGAAGUUUAAAUUCCCUGGAGUCAACAUCGUCAUCAGGGAUAGGCAGCUAUAGUACACAGAUGUCUGGCAAUGAUAAUCCAGAACAAUUUGAGGUCCUAAAGCAACAAAAAGAAAUAAUAGAACAAGGGAUAGAUUUGUUUAAUAAGAAACCAAAGAGAGGAAUACAGUACCUCCAAGAACAAGGGAUGCUUGGCACUACACCCGAAGAUAUUGCCCAGUUCUUACAUCAGGAGGAAAGACUAGACUCUACUCAGGCGGGUGAGUUCCUGGGCGAUAAUGAUAAGUUUAACAAAGAAGUCAUGUAUGCAUAUGUGGACCAACAUGACUUUUCAGGAAAGGACUUUGUUUCAGCCCUUCGCUUGUUUCUGGAAGGAUUCCGUCUUCCAGGAGAAGCUCAGAAAAUUGAUCGAUUAAUGGAAAAAUUUGCUGCAAGAUACCUAGAAUGCAACCAAGGACAAACCCUUUUUGCUAGUGCAGAUACUGCUUAUGUGUUGGCUUACUCAAUUAUCAUGUUGACCACGGAUCUUCACAGUCCACAGGUUAAAAAUAAAAUGACAAAAGAACAGUACAUUAAGAUGAAUAGAGGUAUCAAUGACAGUAAAGACCUUCCUGAAGAGUAUCUGUCAGCCAUCUAUAAUGAAAUAGCCGGAAAAAAGAUAUCAAUGAAAGAAACGAAAGAAUUAACAAUCCCUACAAAAUCAAGUAAGCAAAAUGUAGCCAGUGAAAAACAGAGAAGACUUCUGUAUAACUUAGAAAUGGAGCAGAUGGCCAAGACAGCGAAAGCACUCAUGGAGGCUGUGAGCCACGUUCAGGCACCUUUUACAAGUGCCACACAUUUGGAGCAUGUGAGGCCCAUGUUUAAGUUGGCUUGGACACCUUUUCUGGCUGCAUUCAGUGUGGGUCUACAAGAUUGUGAUGAUACUGAAGUAGCUUCUCUUUGCCUGGAAGGUAUAAGAUGUGCAAUCAGAAUUGCAUGCAUUUUCAGCAUUCAGCUGGAAAGAGAUGCAUAUGUCCAGGCGCUAGCAAGAUUUACCUUACUUACAGUGAGUUCUGGUAUUACUGAAAUGAAGCAGAAGAACAUUGACACUAUAAAAACACUCAUCACAGUGGCUCAUACAGAUGGAAAUUAUUUAGGAAAUUCAUGGCAUGAGAUUCUGAAGUGCAUCAGUCAGUUGGAGCUGGCACAACUGAUAGGAACUGGAGUGAAACCCCGGUAUAUUUCUGGAACAGUGCGAGGCAGAGAAGGAUCUCUUCCUGGAACAAAAGAUCAGGCUCCUGAUGAAUUUGUGGGUCUCGGGCUAGUUGGAGGAAAUGUGGACUGGAAGCAGAUAGCGAGCAUUCAGGAAUCCAUUGGAGAAACCAGUUCUCAGAGUGUUGUCGUUGCUGUUGACAGAAUAUUUACAGGGUCUACGAGGCUAGAUGGAAAUGCUAUUGUGGAUUUUGUCCGUUGGCUCUGUGCUGUGUCUAUGGAUGAGUUACUUUCCACUACACAUCCAAGAAUGUUUAGUCUGCAAAAAAUAGUAGAAAUAUCUUAUUACAAUAUGGGAAGAAUAAGGUUGCAGUGGUCUCGAAUUUGGGAAGUUAUUGGAGAUCAUUUUAAUAAGGUUGGCUGUAACCCCAAUGAAGAUGUAGCUAUUUUUGCAGUAGACUCCUUGAGGCAAUUGUCUAUGAAAUUCUUAGAAAAGGGGGAGCUUGCUAAUUUCAGAUUCCAGAAGGAUUUCUUAAGACCUUUUGAACACAUAAUGAAACGGAACAGGUCUCCCACAAUUCGAGACAUGGUUGUACGGUGUAUAGCACAGAUGGUUAAUUCUCAAGCUGCUAAUAUUCGUUCUGGAUGGAAGAACAUUUUCUCUGUAUUUCAUCUAGCUGCAUCUGAUCAAGAUGAAAGCAUAGUGGAACUUGCAUUCCAAACAACAGGGCACAUUGUCACCCUUGUGUUUGAAAAACACUUUCCAGCAACCAUUGAUUCUUUUCAGGAUGCAGUGAAAUGUUUGUCUGAAUUUGCGUGCAACGCAGCUUUCCCAGACACAAGCAUGGAAGCAAUUCGGCUUAUUCGCCAUUGUGCAAAAUAUGUGUCCGAUAGACCUCAGGCUUUUAAGGAAUACACAAGCGAUGAUAUGAAUGUGGCUCCUGAAGACAGGGUGUGGGUGAGAGGAUGGUUCCCAAUUCUCUUUGAGUUAUCCUGUAUCAUCAAUAGAUGCAAAUUAGAUGUCACAGUUUGUAUCAGUCCCUUAGUACAGUUUUUCUCACCCUGUGUUUUUGACUGCCAAAUUGGAAUGGCCAACUUCUCUAUCCUGAUACCUGUCAGCAAGCGUUGGAGCCCAUCGGGCUUAACAGUAAUGUUUGAAAUAAUGAAAACAUAUGGCCACACUUACGAAAAACACUGGUGGCAGGAUUUGUUUCGAAUCGUUUUCAGAAUCUUUGACAACAUGAAGUUGCCAGAACAGCAGACAGAGAAAGCGGAAUGGAUGACAACUACCUGCAACCACGCACUUUAUGCCAUCUGCGAUGUGUUCACCCAGUAUUUAGAAGUCCUCAGUGACGUGCUUCUGGAUGACAUUUUUGCGCAGCUCUACUGGUGUGUGCAGCAGGACAAUGAGCAGUUAGCACGAUCUGGUACAAACUGCUUAGAGAAUGUUGUUAUUCUGAAUGGUGAAAAAUUUACCCUAGAAAUCUGGGAUAAAACUUGUAACUGCACAUUGGAUAUCUUCAAAACCACAAUCCCACAUGCGCUGUUGACCUGGCGCCCCACCUCUGGAGAAAUAGCUCCCCCACCUCCAUCUCCUGUGAGUGAAAAACAGUUGGAUACAAUAUCACAGAAAUCUGUAGAUAUUCAUGAUUCUAUUCAACCAAGAUCUGCAGAUAAUAGACAGCAGGUCCCAUUGGCUUCAGUCGCUACUGUGAAUGAAGAUGUCAGCAAAGUUAAACCUACAGCAAAAUUUCCAGAACAAAAAUUGUUUGCUGCCCUGUUGAUUAAAUGUGUUGUGCAGCUGGAACUCAUCCAGACUAUCGACAACAUUGUCUUCUUCCCAGCCACAAGUAAGAAGGAAGAUGCAGAAAACUUAGCUGCCGCACAGAGAGAUGCAGUGGACUUCGAUGUUCGCGUUGAUACCCAAGACCAAGGAAUGUACCGCUUUUUAACAUCACAACAACUUUUUAAGUUACUGGACUGCUUAUUAGAGUCACAUAGAUUUGCUAAAGCCUUUAAUUCAAACAAUGAACAGAGGACUGCUCUCUGGAAAGCAGGCUUCAAAGGCAAGUCCAAACCCAACCUUCUGAAGCAGGAGACGAGCAGCCUGGCCUGCGGGCUGCGCAUCCUCUUCCGGAUGUACACGGACGAGGGCCGGGCGAGCGCCUGGGAGGAGGUCCAGCACCGACUGUUAAAUGUCUGCAGUGAAGCACUAAGUUACUUCCUGACUCUAACAUCAGAAAGUCACCGGGAGGCCUGGACUAACUUACUGCUUUUGUUCCUAACUAAAGUUCUAAAGAUAAGCGAUAGUAGGUUUAAAGCUCAUGCAUCGUUCUACUACCCUCUCUUAUGUGAAAUUAUGCAAUUUGACCUGAUCCCUGAACUUCGCGCUGUGCUCAGAAGAUUUUUUCUGCGAAUUGGAGUCGUUUUUCAGAUCUCACAACCACUCGAACAGGACCUUGGAAUAAAUAAGCAAUGAUGGGAACUAUUUUUGUUGGCGUUUACAUCACUCCGCUCUUGAAAAGGACCCUGGAGCUGAGAUUUCCUACCUGAAAAUGGUUUCCCUGAAUUGCGUGUCUGAGGGUUGCCGGUACAGAGGCUUCGAACUGUAGGUCCCACUCAGCACUCGGGUUCCCUUUAGAGACUGACGGGCUCGUGUUGAGCAGGAGGCCUGCCUCAACAGUGUCCUCUGUCCUCGGUGGCAGGGAAGGCCCCAGGUACCUAUGGCAGGUGUGGAAGUGAAACUUACCCAAAGAACUACAGAUGUAAAGAUUUCAGCUUCUGCAAGAAGUACACCUCAGGAGAGCUGUAUUUUGAAGGAUAAAAAUGUUUAUAGUUAAUUGGGGGGGUGGGGGGUGAAGAAAAAAAUAUUGUUCAUGGUAAAAGAUAUUUAGCAACUAUGGUAUUCUUAUUCUGAAGAUUUUUGCACACUCAGGCUACCUGAGAUACUGGUAAUCAACCUUCUGUGAAAAAAUGUACAGAGAUGCAGGUUUGUAACAUACAAUCUUGAACAUUCUGUAGCUCAUCCUGCACUGUUUUAUUUUCUUUCUUUAUUUUCUUAUUCCUUUGCUAAAUACCCAUAAUAUUUUGUCAAAUGCACUAAACGUUUGGGUUGAACUUUUUUUAUUUCAUGGGGAUUUUUUGGUUUUCCCCUUUUGGGGAGUGAUAAUUUUGAGGGUUUAACAUGCCCAGAAGCUGUUGUGGCUGACACUUGUCAAGAUGAACAGCAGGAAAAAACAAAGGUAGAAAAUAUCACUACUGACCUUCCUACCUGUAAUAUCCUUCUCUUAGGGCUUUUAAAGAUGAGCCAUUAAAAUGUAAUGAUCUUUCAUGGACUGAAACUUGAAUCACUGCAAAAUGAAUCUAGGUUGCUGUAACUUUUUGCUUUUCUUUUGGGGGGCGGGGCUCGAUGUAGAUUUUACUCUGUGUACAGAGUUUAACGUUGACUAUAUUAAAAUAACAGGUCUGGCAUGGUCGGGGUGGUCAGGCCUCCUGGAAAUGUGCUCGUACUGUGAAUUGUGCUCUGAUGGUUACAAAGCCAAGCUUGUCGAGCAGUCCGUAUGAACGGUGGGUGUAGAAAAUUUUUCAGAUGGAUAAAAUGUAUAUGGUACAGAUGUAAAGUUUUCUAUGUAAAAAAAUUCUGUACAACUUUCUGUACAAUACUGAUUCUCAUCUGGCAUAUUCUAAUCAGGUUAUAGGUCAAUAAAGUUUUUGAAUUAUUUCAUCAGUGUGGUCAAAACCUGUGUAACCCACAGCCCCAUGUUUCAUUGAUUCGUUUCUUUUUGAUUUUUCAUUUAAAGCCAAACAUGGAAAGGUUACUUUCAGCCAAAACUACAAAUUCAAUUUUAUUUGGUUCCAGUGUUUUCUUUCCAACUUCUGAUAUGAGGCUGUUCUCCUCCUCCCCCCUUCCUGUACCCCACAGUUUCUUUCUAAACCAUGUUUGUAAUUUUUAAAUGUUUUGUAUAUUCAUUAACCCAGAAUGCCUGAAGGAGCUCAAGUUCUCUCUGGAGCAGUGUGCGGGGUCAUACUGCGUGUCUUAGGGUGCAGUUAAAGUUGUAGGGGACGACAGCGCUAAACAGGAAAGUGGAACAUGUCAAUAAAUUACCUUAAGGGGGUUCUGUAAAAAGCAGAAUUGUUCAGUCUUUACUCGCUGCUUCUCUUAGCUUAAUGAGCAGUUAUUCAAUGCAUUCAUAAGAGCAGAAAGAUGAGUACGACAGAACUAAGACACUGUAUUUAUUACCCCUAAGACACAAUGCUGUUCAAGCCCAGCUAGAUGCUAGAGCUGGGAGCCAACUUGGGUUGUCCCUGUUGGCCACCAUGACCUUUAGGUCUGUCUGAGGUAUGCGUGCUCCAGAUGACCUGGCGGUUUAUUAUUUGAUGGUAUAGUACGAAGAUGCUCCCUAAAGGAAACAAAGGUUUCACCUUACUUUAAGAUGUUGUCAGCAGAAGAACCUUUAAUAAUAAGAUAAGCCUGUGGUUAGAGACUUGAGUACAAAAUUUACAUGUAGCUAAAAUUUGAAAUGUCAGAGGAAUUUCAUACUUGCUGCAAACUCACCCCAUCUUCUCUGCCAUGAGUUACGUCAGAGGAAGAGGUAAGUAGCAGCGUCCAGCCAUAUUUCUGCUGUCAUGGUGCGGAAGACUCUAAUCCCCAUGAAAAUUAUUUUCUAGAAUUUGAGUCACUUACUGAGUGAUUCCAAAGGUUAAGUCCUUUUCCAGGUGACCAUGGUCUGACACCUGGGUGUUACUGGCUCUUCAACUUCCAUAACACCUAGUCUAGAAACCUCAACUCCAGUUAAAAUAAGAACUCAACAUUGGUAAUGAAAAUAAAAAUUUAUUUCUAUUAAGAAAUAGUUAAAUCAUAUAAAUUAGUUACUUAAAACAAUGCCUUCAUUGACACAAAAACAAAAUAGAGGCAGAAAGAUGGAACAUUUAGCGUACGGCUCACGGGAAUGAAAUCAGUUAUGGCGCCCAUCAUUUAUACUCAGUCAGUGGCUAUUAAUGACGUGAACACGCCUAGCACAUUUGAUCCCGUAAUUACACAGCAAAUGAUCACAGCCACAACAGACGGAUGUACUAAAUGAAUUCCUUUUGAAUAGAAAUAACAAAUGGCAAAUGUGCAUAUAACAGAGUAUCCUGGUUUUAAAGUACCGUUAAGACACAUCUUAUUCGCCUUAUCUUUUAGACACGCAAAAUUUAAAAUAAUGCACAUAUGGUAGUUGAUUCCAAGAGUUUGUUACCACCCUAAUUUAUGGCAAAAUUGUGCAAAAAUAAUCCUCUACGAUUCUACAUUAAAUAAAUCAAUAAUCAUGGCCUUUUAUUUAUGUACAUAAUAUACACCAUCAUGGAAAAAAUACCUUAUAUACAGAUGGAACAUGAGUAAGUAACGUCCAGGUAGGGGCCAAAGUAGAACAUAUUAAAGGUUCAGAUUUAACAUUCCUUUCACCGUAAAGGCACUGUGGGGUCCAGUACACAUUUAUUUUAACCGUGUGCAGUGGACAGGCCCUGCCAAUGAAUAGGGCCUGGUUUUCCAGGAACCUGCUGCUGCUCUUGACUCAUCUGCUCUUCCAUAAAUCGCUUCAGGGUUUCUGAGGUGCCAGGGCGCAGCCAGGGCUCGGUCGCUACGGAGCUUGUUCCAUCAUCAUCACCCACUUGCUUCAUGAUGUCAUCGAGGUCAACCAGUGAGCUGUCAUCAUCUAAAGGACCCCAAAAAGAGCCACAGCUCAGGCAGCGUAGGUGCACACAGGUGGCUAGAACGCAAGGCUUUCGUGUUCCAACCCAUUACAGUUCUGCCUUCCCCAAAGUGUCAGGUUCCAAACUGUCCUACUUUGUCCACCUCUCCACUUUAGAGGUGGGAAAGCAGGCCCAGGGCGGGCCAGUUUUGUGGAAACAAAAAACGGUGAAUAAUGUGGCUCCAUACUGCCAUUGCCUACAGGGCUAGGCCUGGAAAUUCUACGUCUGAGAGGACACGUCACCAGACACUCGGGCCCGUGGAAGCACAGGCAGUGUUACUGUUGCCUUCCAGAGAAACUUAAUGGAUUCCACAAAAAAAUUUUUUUAAUUGACAAAGUUUGGGGGAUAAUCCCAACCUAUAAUACUGCUGGAGGGAAAUUAAAAGUCAUUUUGUGAAAGCAGGAGUCAUGGGAUUAAACUACGUCUAUUCUCUCCGAACCUGAGAAGGUUGUAUCUCACCCAUUCUCCACUCUUACAAGUAGCUCUUAUGUUUCAUUAUUUAAUUGACUUGAUCAUACUCAACUUCUAUUAUCUUGUAUUUUACUUAUUAUUAGAUACAAUAAUAGGAAAAUCUGUCGUCCUACCCUGUGAUGUCAAUUUCUUUUUAAAAAAAUGACAUCUCCCGGUCUGUGAAGGAUUAGCCCAGCAAGGGGACAUGUGCAAUCAACUUAAUGAGCAAUCAAUCCACAUCGGACCAAAAAGCUCCUGUUUAAAAGGACAAUGUUAAAAACAGUUUAGAAAUUGAAAACCUUCUGAAAGAGUAGAUUCUUAAAAUGCUCUCUCCUCUCAAGUUAAACAUAUCUGUUAAAUAUUAAUUUACUGUUUAUAAAAGAAAUUGAAGAACAGGUAAUACAGAGGGCAGAUGGAAAAGGCCUUUUAACAAGAAAGAAAAAGUCACGUUCCCCCUGUUGCAUGUUUUUCUAUGUUUGUUACGUGAAGUACUGUGUUCGAUCUGCCAAGACACUGACUGCUAGGGAUUAUGUGAGCACGGUUUUAAACUGACACAGUAUUUAUAGGUAGGAUCUUAGGGAAAUUGCUAUUAGAAAAUUACUGUAAUGUAGCUUGAGAGUCUCUUGUACAAAUAAGACCACUUUACUAAUUACCAAUCAGUAGCACUUAUUAAUUAAUAUAAAACUGUCCUGUGUUGCAGUAACAGGGCCGGCAGAGGAGCUUGCUCACCGCCUGAGGCGCUGCCAGCCCCUGCCCACGCUCUCAGCAGUCUGUGGCGUCCUGCUGUCACGGGCGGCUCCUCAAACCACAGUCAAAGGAGCCUACCUGUAGUGAGAAGACUAACUCUCAGAGACAGUGUUAACCUGAGGCUAUUCUGCUUUGUCCAAGGUCCAGAUAGCCAAGUAAAAGGUAAAAAUAACUGACUUUCUAGCACUCCAGAUUUACAAUAGCUGUGUUAUGUAAAGAAUUAAAUGUAUUAAAGUUACUUACUUCCUGACAGUCGUUCACUUCUGUGAUCACUCUGCCAGACUAAUCAGCACUCACUCUAAUGAAAGCAAAGCCUGGAUAUAUAUUUAAUAGGCAAAACCUGCAUGUAUCUGUUUAGAUUCCACCAGAAGGGGGUACACCCUCUCUGGCAGAAAAUCUGAUACAAAACCAAACCUAAGGCUUGUCUUUGUUGGGUAGUUACUGUGUUCUCCCACAACUCAAAGGACUUUACAACUCAUUCCAUCUAUCCCCCAGCCUUCAGUGAAAACUUCCCAGUACGCUGGCUUAAGAGUCCUUAGAGAAUCUGCUGUUAAGUACUAAAAAAAAACAAAAAACCCAAACCAAACCCAGUGCCGUUGAGUCGAUUCUGACUCAGAGAGACCCUAUAGACUUGGUCAUUUACCUGUAUUAACAGGUUUAGUCUGAAGUUCAUUCAGUCUUCGCAUUCGUUCCUCAUUUCUCAUUCUAAGCUCAUCAACAUUUACGCUGGAUACAGAUUUUAAAGAGAGACCAUCUGGCGGUACAUCAGGAUGAACAUUAUCCUGUGGGUAGAAAACAGAACUUCAGAAACAUUAACAAAAUACACUCAGAACGAAUCAGUGCAUCAAAACGUUCUUGCCCUUGAUAAAUGUACAAUGUGGUGAACAAAAUAAAACAGAUGAAAAUAUGUACCCCUUAAUUCUGACUCCUGACAUUUGUUUCCCCGUGCAGGCUCAGAUGACCUUCAGUCAAGGAUAAGCAAUAGGAUUUGUGGUAACACAGAACUGCUGCCAUUUGGGAAAGUUUGAGAAAUGUAAGAUGCAAAAGAAAAAACUACAGGGGCUCAAAAUCAAUCCAACUAUAGAAUCAUGACAUAUAGCUCAAUGGAAAAGAAUUGAAAACCCAGGGAAAAAACCUUACAUUUCUGAAAAGAAGGGCCAACAAAAUUCAGUGGAGGAAAAAAUAAGACUUUUUAAUACAUGGUACUAGAACAACUGGUUAUCUGCAUUCAAAAAUGAAUCUGGACACCUACCUCAUGCCAUACACAAACACUAACUCAGAGUGGAUCAGAGACCUAAAUUUAAGAGCCAAAACUACAAAACUCCUAGAAGAAAACACAGGUAAAUUUUUGUGAUCUUGGCAAUGGUUUCUUAGAUAAGACACCAAAAGCACAAGAGAGAAAAGGAUUGACGAGUUGGGCCUUAUCAAAAUGAAAAAAUGUUCGUGCUUCAAAGGACAACAAGAAAGUAAAAAGACAACCCACAGAAUAGGAGAAAAUAUUUGCAAAUCAUAUAUCUGAUAAGGGACUUGUAUCCAGAAUAUAUAAAGAGCUCUUACAACUAAACAAUAAAAAGACAAAUUAACCCAAUUUAAAAAUGUGCAAAGGAUUUAAGUAGACAUUUUUCCACAGAAGAUAUAUGUGUAGCUAACAAGCACAUGAAAAUAAUGUUCAAUAUUAUUCAUCAUUAAAAAAAACCCCACUGUCGUCAGUUCUGUCAUAGUGACCCUAUAGGACAGGGUAGAACUGCCUCAUCAGGUUUCCAAGGAGUGCCUGGUGGAUUCGAACUGCCAACCUUUUGGUUAGCGGCCAUAGCACUUAACCAUUACACCACCAGGGUUUCCAACUCAUCACUAGGGAAAUGUAUGUGGCGGCUCCUCUCAGAGAGAUUCCAGCAUGGCUGGGGAUGCAUAUUAACAGAUGAAGGCAAUGAACGGCCGAGUACUAGUACCCAUCUAUACAUUUCUAAAUUCAGAGAAGUAAAAAAAAAAUUGAAGUCAUCUGUUCCUUAAUGGAUAGAGUAAUAGAAGAAAAACAAGGAUAUAAAGAAAACUUUGACCAAAAUAUGAUUAUUAAAAAAGAUGAUUUCUGUGUAGGACUGGUCUAGGAAAGCUAGCUCAAUACUUGUAUAAACUUAACUAUGUAUUUAUGUCAUCUUUAAAGAUCAAUGUUCUCAAAAUGGUAGAUCAACAAUUAAAAAGCAAACUGUCAGUGUCUAGAUGGCAAGAUUUUAAGCCUGGACUCUGACUAAGGGUCCCUAAAGGCAACCUAGAGCACCUUCUUCUAGAACAUGUGACAGACAGGGUUGGAGUGGGGAGGUGAGCAGGAAACCAGAGCAGAGAUUAACUCAGGGUCAAGAUAGGAUCUCUGGAUAAGCUGGAGGCCUAGUUUAUCCUCUUAACUAUCUUAGCACCUUCACAUCCCUCCUCCACAGAUACCUACAGUUAAUUUUUUUUUGUAGUGUAGCAGCUUUCUCCACUGUAAAUUUACUGUUUUUCUCCCUUUCUACGCUGUACACCUGGGAAAAAAAGCACUAUGUGUAUGUAGCCCACACUUCAGGAUGGGGGAGUUAGGCUCGACCUCGAGGGUUAGAUCUACAUAAAUUAUUUGGAAUUGGUCUGCAGAGGAGAUUUGUCUAUUCUCCAUUUAUUUACUUAUUCAAUCAUGUUCUUACGUCAGUAUGGACUCAUGGCUAUUUAUUUUAUUCUUUGGGUUAUAAUCCAAUAUUACUAUAUCGUUUUACUCAAAUUGUUCCAGUUCUGGCCAUUAAGAGCUCUUUCAGUUGGCCAGUUAAUUUUUUAAUACUAACUCAAUUGUUGAAAUUUAUUUAAGCCCCAAAUCUAAAGUAUAACUCAUUGCAAGAAUUAUAGGACUGCAACGUUAGAUACACUCCAAAUUAGAAAUGAGUAUAUGGACCUUAGGAAAACAACAUUCCACCAAGGGCCCUCAAGAGCCAUUACAAACCCACUUCUUUCAUCAUCAUUGUCUUCAAGCAAACUUUGUUUUUCUUCUUAUGGCAUAAAGAAACAGGUAAAAGUUAAUUCAUUGAGUCAAUCAUUACUGUUUCAGGGUAUCAGGGUUAAGCUAAAGUGGAGGUUGCCUACCCUUUGCCAAGCUCGUUUAUCAAGUUGCUGCUGGCUGGUAAGACUGGAUAGAUGGUAAUGCCAAUAAGCACAGCACUUGUCAUUUGUUGAGAGUUCCCUGCAUACUUGGCUCAAUGCUAAAUGCUUCACAUAUAUUGUCUAACUGUAUCUCCAUGUCAUAUAUAAGAAGACAGACACAGAGUUUAAGAAACUGCCCAGAGGUCACUCACUACGCAAUGACAAGGAUGGGUACUAAAGGCCCAAAGCCCACACUAUUUGCUGGCUGUGUUAAAAAGCUGUGGAGUAUACUGAAAAAAUGGGUCUGAAUCUCAGCCUUCUUGACUAUGUGACCUUGGGAAGGUUAUCUGAGCAAAAUGGAGAUGACACCUAUAUAAUCGUGUAAGGUUAUUAUGAGGACAUAGCAAGCUUUCCAGAAAUGGCUUUCAGUUGCUUUUUGCUCCUUCUCUGAAAUCCAUAUAAGUCUGUGGAGGGGAAGGAGAACCGGCUGAGGAAUUAACAUUUAUAGGGCAGAGGUUCUGUGCCAGGUACUGCCUGUAUACUUAGAACCACCCCAGGGGACAGGUUCAAUGAUGUGCCCAAGGUCAUCCACCUACCUGGGGAUAGAGCCUAGACUCAGACCCACGUACACCUCAUUCCAAAGCCGGUGCUCUUUCUUUAUUGGACCACCCAAUCUAGCAUGGGUUGGAACCCAGACCUCAUUCUCUUAAACCAGAAAAGAGGGGAAAGAAGAAGAAACUUCAUACGCACAAAGUCCAGUCCUUUCAGUUUGUUCCUCCUGCGCUCCCUCGCAGAGGGCAACUGAGACGGUGGAGGUAGAGGAUCAUAUUCAAUGGCAGGAUACGUCUCUCCGUAAGCACC